AUGGAAAAGAAAAUUACAAUAAUUACACAAGGAACGGAUCUUAAGAAUUCAACAAAAAAUACUAAGACCACUUCUGCAGAAACAAAGACAAAUGGGAAUGCAAAAAGUAGUGCAUCCUCAUCACGUUCUAGUCCAAUUAUUGGUUCGAAACGUUUGAGCGGAUCUCCAGUGCCAUUAUAUGAUGAUCCAACUGUUAAUACUUCAGUUAAUGCUUCAGUUAAUGCUUCAGUUAAUGCUUCAGUAACAGCCAGCAAAGAAGAUUCUAAAAAAGCGACAAAAACUUUAAGUACUACGAAAUCCACUGUAACAAAAUCAUCACAAAAUAUAAAUUCUCCCUCAAAAAGGACAUCACGGGUUAUGUCCGUAAUUCCCAAAGCAUCUAAAACAUCGCCUACACCGCCCUUCAAGUCACGCACUUUACCAUUACCUACACAAAAUGGAUUGAAAUUUAACUCAGAAUCUUUUACUUCUGACCCAAUCUCAACGAUUUUUGAAGAUAAAGCACAAAGGAUAUCCUCGUCAAACACUUUCUCAGAAGUGGACGCCUUAAAAUCAGUUAGUGUCAAAACCACAAUUGCCACUUUUGAAAAGAACACGACACAAGGUGGUAACUUUCCAGAAUCAACUUGUGAAACUUCGCCAACAUCAACAAGUCUUACUGUCACGGAUACAAAUUUAGAAGAAAUGGAUAUGGAUCAAUUAGAACGAUUGUUCCUUAGCGGAUCACGAUCUCCAUCGAUC